ACAGACACGGAUGUAUCGCUCAUCCCUAGAAAUUUCGUACAAUGCUUAUCGAUAAGCGAUAAAGUAUACACAUAAAAAAUUAAAUUGCAGCACCAGCACCAACGCACAUAUUUAUUGUUCGAAGUGCGAGGAGUGCCAAAAACAAAGAGCGAAGCGACGAGCGUGUGUGCGACUAAACACUUUGGAGCAGAUACAGACAGACCGGAACCAGAGCCAGCCACGGGCCGUAUCAAUAAGGGAGUCGCAGCAGCAGCAGCACAGGGCAAGGAACUGAGCAGCAGCAGCAGCUAGAACAACGUCGACGACUACACAAUGAACACACUGACCCCCAGCACAAACGGAGCAGCCAGCGGUGGCUCCACAACGGCCAUAUCCACGACAGGCAACGGCAACGGCAAUGGCAGCGGCUCCAGCACAAAUGUCACAGCGGCCGGCACUGCCGUCGAUGGCGGCGGGGGCGGUGGCCUCGACGAGGCUGGCGGCGAUGCCAGCUCACGGCGGCAGGCGACUCGUGUUUUCAAGAAGAGUUCGUCCAAUGGCAAAAUCACCGUGUAUCUUGGCAAACGGGACUUUGUCGACCAUGUGACGCACGUAGAUCCCAUAGAUGGGGUGGUCUUCAUCGAUCCCGAGUAUGUCAAGGAUCGCAAGGUGUUUGGCCAGGUGCUGGCCGCCUUUCGCUAUGGUCGCGAGGACCUGGACGUACUGGGUCUGACAUUCCGCAAGGACCUGUAUUUAGCGCAUGAGCAAAUCUUCCCACCCAUGCAACUGGAACGCCCGAUGACCCGUCUUCAGGAGCGGCUGAUUAAAAAGCUGGGCCCCAAUGCACAUCCGUUCUACUUUGAAGUGCCACCCUACUGCCCCGCCUCGGUGUCCUUGCAGCCGGCCCCCGGAGAUGUGGGCAAGUCUUGCGGUGUGGAUUACGAGCUGAAAGCAUUUGUGGGUGAGCACGUCGAGGACAAGCCACACAAACGGAACUCGGUGCGGCUAACCAUACGGAAGGUCAUGUAUGCCCCGUCCAAGGCCGGGGAGCAGCCAUCGAUUGAGGUGAGCAAGGAGUUCAUGAUGAAGCCGAAUAAGAUCCAUCUGGAGGCCAGCCUGGACAAGGAGCUGUACCAUCAUGGCGAGAAGAUAUCGAUCAAUGUGCAUGUGGCCAACAACUCCAAUCGAACGGUCAAGAAGAUCAAGGUCUGUGUGCGGCAAUUCGCGGACAUUUGCCUCUUCUCGACGGCCCAGUACAAGUCCGUUGUGGCCGAGAUCGAGUCGGAGGAUGGUUGCCAGGUGGCCCCGGGCUUCACCCUGUCCAAGGUCUUUGAGCUGUGCCCUAUGCUGGCCAACAACAAGGACAAAUGGGGACUGGCCCUGGACGGACAGCUGAAGCACGAGGACACAAAUUUGGCGUCCAGCACGCUGAUCACCAAUCCCGCCCAGCGCGAGAGUCUCGGCAUAAUGGUGCACUACAAGGUCAAGGUUAAGCUGCUAAUCAGCUCGCCGCUGCUGAACGGCGACUUGGUUGCCGAGCUGCCGUUCACGCUAAUGCACCCCAAGCCCGAGGAGGAGGAGCCCCCGCUGCUGGGCGAGAGAUCGCCGCGGGCCAGCCUGGCGGCGCCGCUGCUCACCUUGGGCGACGCGAAUGAGGACGGGGCAUCGGGGUCAGGUGGCGACCAGGGACAACAGGAUGUGCCCACCACCACCAAUCUGAUCCAGCUGGACGAUGAAGAGGCGCAGGACGAUGACAUCAUCUUCGAGGACUUUGCCCGCCUGCGUCUGAAGGGCGCCGAAACGGAGGCCUAAGUCGCUGAUGGCUGGUCUCCCGUCCCCCUAGAUUUUCGGUCGCAUUGUUGUCGAGCCCAGAGCUCUUGCAGUUCUUGAUCGGUCUCGAUCGGUCUUGAUCGGUCUUUAGAUAUAUGAUGAUAUAUGUUAUAGCAGUGUGCACGCACAACAACACACUUCGAUUGUCCAACUUAUUGAAUACGGUCACCUUUCGGCAUUUUGUAUCAUAUAUGAGAAAUUCGCGCAGCCGCCUAAAUGUAAAGUUUUAUACAGUAGCCAAUAGCCACGGUAAAUAGUUUGGUGUAAGCUAAAGUAUUUGAUAUGUGUAGGCCAUACGUUCUAGUAUCUAUAGAGUUAAGCUGACAGUGUACGAAUUUUAAAAUGUGAAAUUGUUUAACAAAUACACAAACCAUACACAGACACGCCCACACCCACUCCCACACAACGCAACGCAGCACAGCACAGCAAACCGCACAAGCGAACCAGAUACGCCAUGUAAUUUACAACCCAACACCCACGCCUGCAACAGUUGAAAGAAUGCACAAAAAUUAUAUUUAUUUAUCUUCGAA